AUGAGCUACGCAUUUAACUUUGAUGCGGAGGCGAACCCGUAUUCGCGUGUGUACGACCGGCGCCGCGCGCUGUUGGGCAGCGUGCUCAGUCGUCCGCGUGUUCCAUCGGCAUCUCGCUCGCGUAGCUCGACCAGCAGCUACAACCCGUACGAGUCGGUGAUGCGUGACUCCACCCAGCAAUUCAUCGGGACCCGGGCCGAAGACUCGAAGUACGACCUCCUGGCGGUGCCCGACCAGUUCGGCGGCUCGUGGGGGCUGAGGGAUGAGGAUUACUUUGCCUGCCCCACCACCCAGGCCUCGCGUUCCAACGUGAAGCCCGUCGGCAAGCGUCUCCUGUCCGCCGAGAGCCACGCCGACAUCCGUGCCCUGCCCAACCUCUUCGGCCCGUCCAACUCGCGUUCCGCCCACUCGCCUGCAAGCCAGGACAAGAUCAUCCCGCGCCUCGACCGCCACUCGACCCGUGAAGCCGAGUCGAACCCGCUGCUCGGCGCGACAAGGAACAAGCGGGUGCUCACUGCCGAGAGCCAGGCCGAUCUGCUCGGGCUCCCGGACGUCUUCCCCGACGCCCGCGAACGCAGCGCCCGCUCCAGCCGCUCCAAUCGGGCCAUUGGUGCCACCUCUUCGUACCGCAUCGGAGGGCUCGGCUCGGCGUCGCUGUACGACAUCCAGAUGCUGGACAACCCGUUCGAGACCCAGUCGCAGUACUGCCUCGGUGCUCUCAACGGCAAUGGCAGCCGCUCGAGCACCGGGCUCGACCGUACCUACAACAAGCGUUUGCUCACCGCUGAAAGCCACGCCGAUCUCCGCGCCCUGCCUCCGAUCUUCACCUCCCGCAGCAGCAGCUACUAUCGCGAGCCCCUGAGCGCCGCUUCGGAGCACCAGUUCAACACCGCGCCGAGCCGUCCCGACGAUCUCGGUAGCGAGCGCUUCACGGUGUCGAUCCCGAUCGGUGCCGGGCGUGGUGGCAGCAAUCAGGGGUUGCCCAACUACUUUGGCGACAACAACAAUUCCGGCUACGAGCUGCGCCUCCGCGACUACUCGAUCCAGUCGAUGGAUGACCUCCGCCGUCUCCCCGAUCCUUUUGCCGGACGUGGUUUUGACGAUGAUUGGGCCAUCCGCACGGCUCGGGCUCAGGGCUCGCACCUGAUUACUGAUUGUGCCUCGGCUUCUUCCUCUGACGAAGACGCUGAACUGGUCGGCACUUGCGGCUGCCAGAAGCAUCUUCUCCGCACC